AUGACCCAUUGCUGCUCCCCUUGCUGCCAGCCCACCUGCUGCAGGACCACCUGCUGGCGGCCCACCUGUGAGAUCACCUGCUGCAGCACACCCUGCUGCCAGCCCAGCUGCUGUGAGUCCAGCUGCUGCCGCCCAACUUGUUGUCCAACCACCUGCUGCACGACCACCUGCUGGCGGCCCACCUGUGAGACCACCUACUGCAGCACACCCUGCUGCCAGCCCAGCUGCUGUGAGUCCAGCUGCUUCCGUCCAACUUGCUGUCCAACCACCUGCUGUAGGACCACCUGCUGGCAACCCACCUCUGUCACCACCUGCCGCAGCACACCCUGCUGCCAGCCCAGCUGCUGUGUGUCCAGCUGCUGCCAGCCCUGCUGCCAACCCACUUGCUGUGGCACCUCCUGCUGCCAGCCCAGCAGCUGUGCACCCGUCUACUGCACCAGGACCUGCUACCAGCCCACGUGCGUCUGCGUGCCUGGUUGUCUGAACCUGGGCUGUGGAUCCAGCUGCUGCCAGCCUUCCUGCUGUUGA